GCACUCGCACUGGAAGUGGCGCUGGCGCUGCGGGCUACUCCUUGUACAAGCAGAAGAAGAAGAAGAAGGCCACGCAUCUGGAUGCACGCGGGGAUCCCUUUGAGGACAUGCCCCACGAGCACGAUUACCGUCCGAGAUUAGCGCUCGUGAAUAAUAAUUAUUAAGGGCGCAAGCUUCGUUCGCGCUCCCGUGCUGCACAGUUCCUGCUGCUGCGACCAUCGGGCUUUUCGUUUGCAACAACUCUCGGAUUGCUUGCUUGCUUGCAUGCUCCGUCUCCCUCGUCGCAUCGCAAUCCCCUUGAUCCAUGAUUCUCGAUCCUACUCCAGCCUCCACCUCGCCCUCUCCUUGACCCCCUACGUAUGCUUCCAUCACACACGCACCCCCCCCCCCCCCCUUUUUGUUCGUGCUUCUUUGCUGUUUUUCUGGCCCUGGAUUUUGUCGAUCAGAAAAUUUGGAAAACGUUACUGUUCAGGCAGCCAGCACCAUGGCAGACGUAGCAGAAGCUGAGCCCUCACCUGGACUCCCUGCUGCUAAUGAGGAUCCAGUGCCACCUCGAGCUGGCUCUGAAUUGUCCAAAUCUGAUCAGAAGUCUUCCACUGGUGAUUCCCCGAACGCAAAGCAGCGAUCGUUUCCUUUUUCUCGCGGUGAAUCCACGAAAGUUUCCGAAGGGGGCAUCGAAAAAGCUAAUCCGACCUCAGGAUUUUCUCAGUGGGCUAGAGGAUUUCGAUUGCCGUCAUCCUUUGGAGCAUCUUCUGGACCAUCUUCAGGUGGAGAGGCUCCCAAAGCGUCACCAUUCAGUAUGCUCACAAGUGGGUUCGGAAAGCGUGGGUCUGGAAAAGCACCUGUAGCUGAGAGCACCGCAUCAGAUGUCGGCGAUAGCUCAAAGAAAACUCCUGCGGUGAUUGGUGAAGUACAAGAGAGUAAUGCCUUUGACAGGUUUGCCAACGGUUUCCUUGACUCAUCGAGGAAUGCUGUUAGAUCAGUUCAACUCAAAGCCAGACAUUUAGUCUCUCAAAACAAACGGAGGUUCCAGGAAGGAGGAUUCGACUUAGAUAUGGCGUACAUCACCGAGAAUAUUAUCGCCAUGGGCUUUCCUGCUGGGGAUAUUAGUUCUGGUUUUCUGGGUUAUGUGGAGGGGUUUUAUCGCAAUCACAUGGAGGAGGUCUUGAAAUUUUUUGAAACUCACCAUAAGGGCAAGUACAAAGUGUACAAUCUUUGUUCGGAGCGGCUCUACGAUGCUUCACUUUUUGGUGGAAAGGUGGCAUGUUUCCCCUUCGAUGAUCACAAUUGUCCUCCGCUACAGUUGGUGGCAGCGUUUUGCCAAAGUGCUUAUUCAUGGCUGAAAGGUGAUCUUGAGAAUGUGGUUGUGGUUCAUUGCAAAGCCGGUAUGGCUCGCACUGGCCUUAUGAUCACUUGUCUGCUCAUGUAUCUGAAGUUUUUCCCUACCGCAGAGGAGUCCAUUAACUACUAUAACCAGAAACGUUGUGUGGAUGGCAAAGGCCUUAUCCUUCCUAGUCAGAUUCGUUAUGUGAAGUACUUUGAGCGUGUAAUGAGAGAGUUCAAGGGAGAGACUCCUCAAGGCAGAAAGUGCAUUUUGAGGGGUAUAAGGCUGCACAAAUGCCCUUAUUGGGUGCGGCCUGGCAUCACCAUCUCUGACCACAAUGGUGUACUCUUUUCAAGCAAGAAACAUCCUCGGACUAAAGAUUUGCUGUCAGAAGAUAUAUGGUUCAAUGCACCCAGAAAAGGAGUACUUGUGUUCGCCCUUCCUGGAGAGCGAUGUGUGGCAGAUAUUAAUGGGGACUUUAAAAUACAAUUCAGUGAUCGACAUGGCGACUUCUACUGCUGGUUGAACACAAAUAUGAUGGAAACGAGGCAAUUACUGGGAACCUCAGAUCUCGAUGGGUUUGAUAAGAGGCGACUUCCAUCGCCAGGUCUUCAGGUUGAAAUAGUCAUUUUAGACCAUGAUGCACCCAUACCAAAGAAGAAAGCAGCUGAAAGUACAGCAACUCAGUCUGCAGCCGCUGCUAAAGAAGCGUCAAAACCUUCCAUUCCUCACGACAAUGCGGGCAUAAAGGGAGGAACUGAAUCAUCACAAACCGCUGAUGCGAAAGGUAAUACAUCAUCUAGCAACGAUACUAAUGUACAAGGAGAGUCUGAGGGGACUGUUCCUGUAGCAGUCAGUGCUGGCGAUCAACAAGUUGGAGUCUCUUUGAAGGACAGAAGUACAGAUGAUACUGAGAAAGUAGAAGGAUCCAAGGGACAGGGUAAGACGGAAGCUGGGUUGACGGCUCACAACGACUCGAAAGAUUCUGGAGUGCUCUCUAGGCAUAAUGAAAGUCCGAGUGGUGGAGCAAUUGCACCUAGUGAUUUCAAGGCUAUUGCUGCAGCCAGUGCUGCAGAUGCGUCAGUCUUCACGUUUGGUGAUGAUGAUGAUUAUGACAGCGAAGAGGAACUGCAGUAACCGUUUGGAAAUUAUUCUUUGAAGAUUAUUUGAUGGUAUGCAUCUGGAAUGUCUUGCUGCAGCAGUUCAAGGACCAAUAGUAGAAGGCAGUGCCUACCUUGAAUUGGAUUGUUAGUAACUGUCCAUGCCAACUUUGAAGAGGUCCUUAGAUUGGCUGAUCUGCAUGAUCAAACAUACUGCAGCAGAUGUCCUUUUUCUGAUGGAAAAUAUCUGAUCAUUAUGGAUAGAGGCAGCGGAUCUGUAUUUCAAAGAAUGUCAGGUGGUUUAUAUUAGCGAAGUUGGCAAGUUUGUCAUUAUAUUGGGUCUAGUGAGUUUCGCCAGGUUUCAGUUUCGGAAUUUCCUGCAUGGGCAAAUAAAAGGAUUUCCCAGUUCCGAUACAUGUAUUGUCUAGGUAGACUGUAGAUGGCAGCAUCGGUCUUGUACAAAAGGGAAUUUAAUGUCAGGCUGAGCUUGUCUUUCUACAACCAAGUGUUCUUAUAUGGUGUGCUUUUCUAGCUUAAGACCUUAUAUUGUAUUUCUCUACACAACCACCAUGUGUAUACAGGUGUAUACAUAUUGAUGAAUCAAAAAAAGCAAUUUGGAAAUUU